AAAGAAACUGCAUGUUGGUGUAAAUCUAUCACAGUAACACAGAGGAUAUAAUUUUAUCUGACUGUAUCGCGAAAAAAAAAAACACAACAAAAAACAAAAGCAGUGACAAUGUCGCGUUUGGAUUACAGUAAAUGGGAUCAUAUUGAGAUAUCAGAUGAUGAAGAUGAUACUCACCCAAAUAUUGACACAGCCAGCCUGUUCCGCUGGAGACACAAUGCACGUGUGGAGAGGAUGGAACAGAAGGAGGCUGAAAAAAAGGAAAUUCUUCAAAAUUUAAAAAGCAAACAACAAAAGAUGGCAGAAAUGAAACAGAAGCUCCAGGAAGUAGAGUCAACCUCUGAGGAGUUCAAAAAACUCCAGCUGGAAAUAUCAAAUCUAGAGGAACAGGAAAAGGAAUGGAAGAAGAAAGAAGAAGAAUUGGAAAAGAAGGAGAAGUCAGAACCUUGGAACAUUGACACAAUAUGCAAAGAAGGCAAAUCAAGAACAGUUAUUAACAAGAGCAAGCCAAAGAGGGAGGAGUUGACAGAAGAAGAAAAGGCUGAAAAACAAAGAAUGUUUGUCAAUAAAUACAGAGAGGACAUCAAAAAGUUUGGGAUGUUCAAACGAUAUGAGGAUAGUCAGGCUUUCUUGUUGGAGAAGAAGCACCUUGUUUGUGAGGAGACAGCUAACUACUUGGUCGUCUGGUGUAUAGAUCUGGAGAUAGAAGAGAAAAAAGACCUGAUGCACCAUGUUGCACAUCAGACCAUUGUUAUGCAGUUUAUCCUGGAGCUAGCCAAACAACUUGACAGAGAUCCCAGGGAGUGUGUGGGGCCUUUCUUCAGCAGGAUGAAGUUGGCAGAGCAACAAUAUAUGGACUCGUUCACAGAAGAACUAGAGGCCUUUAAGGACAGGGUGAGAAAGAGGGCUCAGCAGAGGAUAGAAGAAGCCUUAGCAGAGCAUGAAGAGGAGGAGAAAAAGAAGCGCCUUGGACCGGGAGGGUUAGACCCUGUGGAAGUGUUUGAGAGUUUACCUGAAGUGCUAAAGGAUUGUUUUGAAAAGAAGGACAUUGGAAUGUUACAAAAGGCCAUCCUUGAGUUACCGAAGGAUGAGGCAGAGUACCACAUGAAAAGGUGUGUUGAGUCGGGGCUGUGGGUACCAAAUGCGGCUGAUGCACAGAAAGCCGAGGCAUCAGGAUCAGAGCCCACGCAGGAGUCGGAAUACGCAGACAUUCAUGCGAAACAGUGACAGGAUCCAUGGCUCAGACUUGUUGUGCUUAAGGGGCUCCUUGCCCUGUCGUUUGUGAAUUACACAGUGAACAAGGAAACAUUUGUUCCAUAUGUUACGUUACGUUCAUGUGCUAUGAUGAAAUGUAGAUAGGCAACACAUGAAACUUAAAAUCAAAUAAAUGACUGAAUUUCUUCAUCCAUGCGGGUGAUACCAGGCAAAACAUUGUUACUGAGAGCCUUCAGUGGUGUAAAUAAACUUCAGCUAUGCCAACAGUAACACACUUUGUGCUUCAAUAUAAUGAAUUUUUGUCUGUUAAAUAACAGAAAGAGUUUUAAGUGAUACAGGGAAAGGGCAGUGGUGGGGUGGGUUGGGCUGGGAUAGAGUGAGUGUGAUGUCUGUGAGGGGUUGGGAAGAGCUUAAGGCUUCAUUGUGCGGUUUUGUAUAAAUCAUAAUAGGCAGUUGUGAUGUUCUAGGUUACCUUCAUCUGGCAAAUAGCCAUAAUCUCAUCAAAAAUGGUAGCCAACUUUUGUUACUGCACUUUUGAAUAUUGGCGCAAUUACUCUAAAUGACUCUCCACCACAAAAAGAGCAUUUUUGGAGGCAAAUAAAUGUCAUGAGAUACUAAUUCUGGUGCUAAAAUUUACAUUUUCGCAGUAGGAUAUUACCUUACCUCUCAAAACGCUUUUCUGAGAUAAAUAGAUCUCCCAGAAUCUGGAAAAAUGAGCAGCUUAGUCAUGGACAAAAUUUGUCAUGUGGUCAUUGACAAAUUGGUCAUUUAGGGCAGUAUUAUCGUCUUGCUUGCACAAACUGAAAUUAUAGAUGGUUUACCUGUCCAAAUACUACAUUAAUUAUUGUGUUUAACUGAAAUCACAUGUGAAAUACUGUUAGAGACUGAUACAUUUUAAUAUUUUAGCUAAAUGCCAUCCUUUAGGCUUCAAAACCUCCAUGGUCCAAAAGGCUACACUUGUACUGCCUUUGUUCGUAUAUAGGUGUAUAUCUGAUAGUGGCGUCUUCUGAAAACAAGUAAUUUCUUCUUAGUAAUAUAACUUUCUAUAUUCAUUAAGUAGAUGUAAGAUUUGUUUCUAGGUUACCAUUAUUUGCAUUGUUGUGGUGACAACAUAUUUGGCUUUGCAGUUCACACAGCAAUAUCCAUGGAUAAAAUUCUCUUUCGGAAAUUGUUGAUACAUAUAAUGAACCCUAAUUUAAUGUUCAAACAAUAAACACAGCUAAAUAGGUUUGUAGAAUAAAAUAGAAGCUGUUUAAUAGUUAUCUUUUUCAAUGUAGUGGAUAUACAAAUGCAUGAAAACAUUGCUCAUUUGUGCUUUGAGCCGAGUUGAACAUAUAUGCCAAGGGGAAUAUCAUUAUAAAAUUUAUAACUGUCAUAACUGUAUAUUUACUGUUUCUUUAAGCUUGUAUGAUCAGUUUGGCUUCAUCUAAAUAAAAUACCUGAAUCAAUGGUUGAGCAAUUAGUCAUCGUUGGAUUGUGGCAAGUAAAAAUGUUUGUGUACUGGAAUCCAGCCAUGGCUGUGUUAGUUGUGACUUUAAAUAAGGAGGUUUGUACAUUGUAACAGGCCUUACCCAGUUUCCUCCGCCCAUAAACCAGGCUGCCAUUAUGAAGGUGAAAUAUUCUUGAGUAUGGCAUUAAUUCCACCCCCACCCC